UUUUAUUUUUUUUGCAUCAAUUUCUCCUUCCAUAUUCAUUCCUCCUCCACGGAGAGGAGAGAUCAGGGAUUUACUGAGAUUUUUGGUUAACAGCGGUCAGGGAAUUAGGGUUUUAGAGUGAAGAAGAAAGCGUCCUAUUUUUCGUUCCAUAUUCAUUCCUCCUCUCUAGAUUCCAAAGCAAAUGCUUCUCCACGGAGAGGAGAGAUCAGGGAUUUACUGAGAUUUUUGGUUAACAGCAGUCAGGGAACUAGGGUUUUAGAGUGAAGAAGAAAGUGUCCUAUUUUUGACAAAAACACAGCGUUUGUAAGUGAUACGUUCAUUCCUCUCUAUUCCAAAGCAAAUGUUUCUCCACGGAGAGGAGAGAUAAGGGAUUUACUGAGAUUUUUGGUUAACAGCAGUCAGGGAACUAGGGUUUUAGAGUGGAGAAGAAAGCGUCCUAUUUUUGACAAAAACACAGCGUUUGGAAGUGAUACGUUUUUCUUGACUAGACGACACAGUCGCGUAUUGCAAUCCCAAUGGCAAGGAACAUCAAUUUUGUUCACAAAAUCCCACUCUCUCCCCGUAUCAAACCUCCUCUCUUCUUCUCCUUUUGUUGCUCCUCUCAAUCCCAAUUUCAGACAGAAAACGUCGGCGACAAAUCCCCGAACUUGCUGGACCGAGAACGCGAUGAACAAAUUCGCAAGCUUCGAGUUCUCCUCCAACAGAACCGCACAGACACUGCACAUAGGCUACUUCUCUCCCUCGUUCAGAAAAAAUCAGUCUUUUCUUCACCCUCUGAUCUUUUUUCUCUUUUCUCUUUGUCCGUACCCUCCUUGAAACCAGCUUUCUCUAGUAUACUCCUCUCCGUUUGCUGUGAGGCUAAGAUGCUCUCCGAAGCAACUCAAGUCUACGACUUGAUCAGAAAUGAGGGUAUGCUCCCUUCUUUACCUUCUAUCAAGUUGUUUCUUGAAUUAAUGGUGGGUUCGAAGCAGUUUGAUAAAACUCUUAAUCUGUUUGAGGAGAUUGUGGCAUCCGGGUUCAGGCCGCACAGCUUUGUCUAUGGGAAAGCGGUGCAGGCUGCUGUCAAGUUAGGUGACUUGAAAAGGGCCAACGAACUGGUUGAUGACAUGAAAAGGAGAGGACUUAGUCCGGAUGUAUUUAUUUACAAUGUACUGAUUGGUGGGUUAUGCAAAGAGAGGAAUAUGAGAGAUGCAGGGAAGAAGUUUGAGGAAAUGUGUAAGAGGAAGGUACUUGCCAACCGGGUCACUUAUAAUACGCUCAUUGAUGGGUAUUGUAAGGUUGGGGAUGUUGAGGAGGCAUUUAAGGUGAGGGAAAGGAUGAAGGAGGAGAAUGUGGAGCCAAAUAUCGUUACCUUAAAUUCUUUGCUUGCUUCUCUUUGCCGGGUGGGGAGGAUGGGGGAAGCCAAAAGUGUAGUGCAUGAGAUGGAAGCAUGUGGGUUUAUGCCUGAUGGCUUUACCUACAGUAUCCUUUUUGAUGGGCAUUCGAGGUGCGGUGAUAGUGAAGGUGCAAUUGCCUUGUAUGAGGAAGCAGUCAGGAAAGGAGUUAUGAUUAAUAAUUACACAGCUAGCAUUUUGCUCAAUUCCUUGUGUAAGGUAGGGAAGGUUGAAAAGGCAGAGGAAGUUUUGAAGCAACUCAUGGAAAAUGGGUUUGUUCCAAAUGAGGUGAUCUAUAACACAAUUGUGAAUGGGUAUUGUCGAAGAGGUACUAUGAGCAGAGCCAUUGAAACUAUUGAAGCAAUGGAAGUUCGUGGGUUGAAGCCCAAUGGCAUUACUUUCAAUUCUUUGAUCAGCAAGUUUUGUGAAAUGAGAGAGAUGGAUGAGGCCGAGGACUGGGCAAGGAAGAUGGAAGAGAAGGGAGUUGUUCGGAAUGUGGAGACGAACAACAUCCUGAUCGAUGGUUAUGGAAGGCUGUGCCUUUUUGAUAAGUGUUUCCAGAUUCUUGAAGGCAUGGAAAAUAGUGGAGUAAAGCCAAAUGUGGUAAGUUAUGGUUCUUUGAUUCAUUCUUUGUCCAAGGAUGGUAAGGUGCUUGAGGCUGAAAUACUCCUCAGGGAUAUGGUGGGCAGAGGGAUUUUGCCAAAUGCACAGAUAUAUAAUAUGCUUAUAGAUGGUUGUUGCAUGAUGGGUAGAUUGAAAGACGCAUUUAGGUUCUUGGACGAGAUGGUGGGAAGUGAAAUAGAUCCCACACUUGUAACUUACAAUGCACUCAUUCAUGGGCUCUGUAAAUUGGGAAGGGUAACGGAAGCUGAAGACUUGUUUCUUCAAAUAAAAAAUAGGGGUUUAAUUCCUGAUGUAAUCACGUACAAUUCCCUAAUUUCAGCUUAUUCUAAUGCAGGAAUUGUCCAGAAAUGUCUUGAUUUAUAUGAGACGAUGAAGGAAAUAGGAAUCACGCCUACUCUUAACACAUAUCAUCCUCUAAUUAGUCGAUGUGGGAAGGAAGGAAUGGCGGUUGUGGAGAGAUUGUUUGAUGAAAUGCUAAAGAUGGGUUUGGCUCCUGAUAGAGUUGUAUAUAAUGCUCUUAUACACUGUUACGUGGAGCAUGGAGAUGUUCAAAAAGCAUUUGCUUUGCACAAUGAGAUGGUCAACCAGGGAAUUCAUCCUGACAAGAUGACCUAUAACAGCUUGAUCAUGGGGCAGUUUAAGGAAGGGAGGUUGGCUGAGGUAAGGAAUGUUGUUAGUGAUAUGAAGGGUAAAGGAUUGGUUCCUAAAGCUGAUACUUAUAACAUACUGGUUAAGGGACACUGUGAGCUAAAAGAUUUUGGUGCAGCGUUUGCUUGGUAUAGAGAAAUGUUUGAGAACGGUUUCCUCCCAAAUGUCUGCAUUUGUGAUGAGCUUUCUGCUGGGCUUAGACAGCAAGGGAAAUUUCAAGAAGCUGACAUUGUUUGCUUAGAAAUGACUGCCAAGGGAAUGGAUGAUUUGAAUGUAAAUAAGGAUUUAGCUAAGGCUGCCAAAAUGUGAGGAGGAUCUACAGCAAUUGGUCCAGACUAAAAGAAAGAGAUGACAUUGUGCUUUGGUUGGAAAAUGGCAUUUACAGAUACAAUUAUGUUAGGUUCAUUUUGACAGGGACAUAUGACUGUUUAGGGAGGGUCUGGAAAACUGCUGGAUUGUGUAGCCAUGUGUUAGAAGGUCAGUGAUGCUGUUACUGCUGUUAGUAUCAUAACACCGGAAGAUGUUGAAGCAGUUACUGUAGCCACUGCUUCAAAAGAUCGGUCACUAUGACUCUGGAAGUUCAAUACAGGGGAGCCCCAAAAUUAUCCUAUGAAGAUUCAUUCCUUAAAAAUUUUGCGUGGCCAUAGGGCAUCUGGACAAAGUGAUGCAGCAAAUGCUUCUGGAGACAUGGAAAUUCUGCUCCAGUGUUUCAGUUCUCAUCUCACACUUCCUAGAUUUCGGCUUGCAAGUGAUAAGCGAGAUCAUGGUUUCAUUUAGUAAAAUCUGGAAAUGUUUUACUCAACUGUGGUGUUUUCUGUUAUAGUGGCCUGUCGCAGUCAUGAACUCUCACAAGGACAAGGUACUAUGUGCUGACUUGUGGAAAGGUGACAGCAUUAUAAGUGGUUGGGCAGACUCGAACCUUCGCAUUUCUUCUAACAUUCCUAUACAAUGAGCCUGUAAUGUUCUGAGGCCAUUCCCGUGUUUGACAUCCACGUUGUCAUAACCGAGGUAAUUGAGGGCUCGAAGGACUGCUAUCCACUGCCGUAGGAAUAGUGAAGGUCAUGUUACACCUAUACACCAUGGACUAGAAUGAAGCUUGGACCUUUUGAUUGGGAUGGCAUUGCAGUAUAUUAUUAUUACAACUGGAGCUGGAAAACUUUUUCGUUCCUGUACUUUGAUCAAAAUUUUGUUUUAUUUUCUUGACUACUUGUGAGAUUUCUUACCGAAAUUCACUCUAGGUCUGCAAAAGUUCGCACUUGCAUCUGGACCAUAACCAUCUUUACUUUUCUCAUCGAUUUGCUAGACCUUUUCAUGAUUGACAAUGCCCUACAUACAGGAGGUUGAUGCGAACUUGAUCUUGUACAUGGCAAUGACCAAAAGGAACGGUGUUUUAUUUGAGAGUAAAGAACCUGUUGUGGAACUGGGAUUGACUUGA